GGUCCUCAUGAUCCCAUUCUCCUCGCAGCCGAGCUAACACCUCAUUCCACUUCUUCCAUAUUGCCUUAUUGAUCUUAUACGUCUACGACAACGAUAUGCGACCCAUACCUGGCAGCAACACCACCGUUCCCGGUGGUGCAGCUUUCGCCUCGGGCCUGGAAGCCUCGCCCCCUCUUACCUCCAUGACCCCGCAGAUGAGCUUUGUCCUCACCGAAGACCCCACGAGAGACGUACCACGCCCGCUCGUGCCGCGCCCUGGCAAUCACCAUUCUCGCGAUCGCAUGAAACAUUCUACACAGGACAAGUCAAGGGAGACAAACCUGUCAAGCGACGAUAUCCCUCGGACCAGUGCAAAGCAACAUGACCCAGUUUCGUCAACUCGUUCUAGUAGCCCAUCGGACUGCAAUCGGCCAUCAAGUUGGUGGAUGCCGAUUGGACAGGCGAGAACCCGUCGCGAGAUCUGUGGUCCUUCCUCAGUCUUGAGCAGUCCCUCAUGUAACGAGUACUCGCUAUGCGACUCAUCGUCUGACGACCAAGAUAGUGUUGUGCUGAGUGUAGUUGACGGCUCUUGCCUUGAUUUUUCAUUUUCCCCGAGUGAACAGGACAGCCAGGACGCCCCUCAGUUAAUAAUGCCCAGGCUUUUGAUGCCAUCGCGGGGAUCUUUCACAGAAGAGGGGAAAUCUCUCGGGAACUUGAAAUUGCUUGUUGCGGGAGACACGGGACUGGGAAAGACUUCGUUGAUCGAAUCGAUUAUCCAAGCAUGUCGGCAUAUCAUCCAUGUUGAUACAGCGGUACCGACGUCGACUUCUAAUGGCCACGAAUCGAUACCAACUGGGCCUCACACCAUGGACCAGUUACGAAGCUUAGAUGGCGGAAUCCCGGACAUCACGGAGGUCUAUGCUAGUACGAAGCCCCGUCCGCCAUGGUGGUAUUUGGCAGAGAGCGUGGACUCGCAUUCGAGACACGGCAGUUCAGACGAUGGGAUCCUGGAGAGGAAUAUCUGCCUGGUUGAUACACCUGGCUACAGUGCCACAUCUGAGCCGAUGGACGUCAUCACAAGGGUGGCUCGAUACAUCGAAGAUCAUCUUCACGAUGGCGGUUGGGUCGGCCUGGACGAUGCAGACGUCUUGAGCGUUUUGAAUACCAAUAAUGGACCGCUUGUCGAUGCUGCUAUUUACAUGAUAUCAAGCUCAGGUCUCACAUCAAAUGACAUCCAGUUUCUUCAUUGCCUGGAAAAUCGGACCAAUAUUAUCCCUGUUCUGGCCCAGACAGACACACUACAGCCAGAACAAGUCGCACAGAAGAAACGACAUAUACUUGGGGAGCUCAUCAAAAAUCAUAUCUUGCCCUUCAAGUUCGAUCUUCCGACGCUGACGCAACAUAAUGGCCCGCAUAUUAUUUACGCAAUCACGAAUGAGCGUGUGUCUCCUGUCAAUGUCGAAGCCGGUCUCCUAAGAUCCGAAUAUGUGACCCCUCAAAUUCAUUCAGAUCUAUCUUGUCUCGUAAACAACAUCUUCAGCGUACAUGGCAGUGCCCGACUUCGGUACGCGGCAGUACAAAAGUUGCUGAGCUGCCGGAGGCAAUCAUCGCAUCUUCUCCCCACAUCUGCGACACUAGGACACAAGGUCAUCACGACACCGUCAAAUAUUUACCACACUACUUGGACAUCCCUUCACUCGAGUGAAGCCUGUCUGUUAGCCGACACUGGGCAUGAUUUCUUCAGAGUUAGCCUGGAGAACUGGGCGUCAGGCCUGCGGCAAAGCUUAAGGAAACAACAUGCGGCACGUGAACAAUGGAUGCUGCACCCACAACCCUGCGAAAUGCGAAGCCUGCUGGCAAAGAACACCUCAAAUUCAUUACAGAGGACUCAUAGCAGGAGCAAGGGCAUGCUGAGCUCCGUUGAUGCGUCAUGGCCAGUUGUCAGACAGCAAGACCCCUUGGGCUUAGUGGAAUACAGCUUCCCACUGAAGUGGGCGGGCUGGAACAUAGCACAACUAAUUGGGAGUGCGAGCAUGGUUGGAAGCUUAGCAAUUUGGCUUUAUUAUUAGCUGAAGUACUAUGAAAAUAAUUUACGGGUAUAAAUCUACGAGCUUAGCAGCUUGCCCUACAAGCAAGGCUGCUGCGCUCGCCCCUAUAGGGGGCCACGUAUAUAAUCCGAUUAUUUAAAAAUAUUAUAUAAAUAUUUAUACUAAGUAAUAUAGAUAAAUAUUAUUACUUAUAGAUAGAGG